AUGCGCCGGAAAACUCGUUUUGUCUGUGUCUCUGAUACUCAUGGCUACACGCCUUCGGAAGCGGGAUUCAGACUCCCCGCGGGCGACGUCUUGAUCCACGCAGGAGAUCUCACAAAUCAGGGUAGCAGUUCCGAACUUCGCAAGACGAUGAACUGGAUUGCGACUGCGGAUUAUGAAAUCAAGAUUGUCAUUUGUGGGAACCACGACAUAACCCUGGACGCUCCCUUCUACAGUCAAAAUAGCACAAAAUUUCACAAUAAACACCGCCAAGAUCCAGAAGAAUGCCUUAAAACAAUCACCACCGCCUCCUCAUCGAUCGUAUUCCUCCAGCACCAGUCAGCACUAGUGCGGCUCCGCAAGGCUGGUGGUCCAAACACAGUCUUUAAGGUCUUUGGCUCCCCGUAUUCACAGAGCGACGGUGAGUGGGCGUUCUUAUACGAGCCUGACGGGGCUGAGGAGCUAUGGCGCGAUAUUCCACUGGACGCAGAUGUCGUCGUCACGCAUACGCCGCCUCGUUUUGCUUGCGAUUAUGACAAUGUCUCUACUAGUUCUGAGGCGGAUAAACGUAUGGGAUGUCCAGCUUUGGGGGAGAGGCUGCGAAUUGUUAGACCGUGUCUUGCUGUUUGUGGACAUGUUCACGAGGGACGAGGCUAUAAACGGGUCCAUUGGGGGGCAUCUACGGCCGCAUCUGCAACUAACGAGGGCGAUGAGGGUGGAAGCAAACGCGUCAGAGACCAAGUCACCCAGGGAACCCUCCCAUCUCAAGGGAGCAAAAAGCAAUGCCUUGUCGAUCUAACGGGCAAACGAGCCCCUCGCCUCGAUAACGUGGGUUUUGGUCUUUCUCGAGCGGGAUCGCUGUUCCCGUCACUCGACUCACCAGAUGUCGUGAUACUUCCACAUCAGCGGCCGGGCAUAGGCUAUGGUCAGACAGCAGAUGUGCGCUCAAGCGAAUCCGAUACCGAAGCCAAAGUCGGCGUUGAAGUUGAGUAUACGGGCGCAGAGCAUCACCGAUCUCACAAACGCGAGACGUGUAUCGUAAAUGCUGCGAUCAUGGCAACCAGCUGGCCGCACCAUGGAGGCAGGAAGUUCCACCCCGGUCCUAUAGUUGUUGACCUGGAACUUCCAGUCUGGACGAAUUAUGAUGGUUCGUUCUCUUAA